CUCUGGACCAUUCCCACCAUUUGUACAGAGCUGCAAAAACUUGGGUUUCUUGGAUCUUGCAUGGAAUAACUUAUCCGGAACAUUGCCGACGUGGAUUGGCAACUUGGUGCAACUGCAAUUUGUACGGUUGAGUUAUAACAUGUUCUCUGGGAAGAUCCCGGUCAUCAUCACAAAACUCAAGUUCCUUCAUCAUUUGAAUCUAGCAGGAAAUAAUAUAUCCGGAUCCAUCCCACUGGGUAUCUCAAACCUAACAGCAAUGACACGGAUAGCGGUAAGGAUGUUUGUUUCCUUAUCAGGCGUAUGCAAAUGCGGCGGGUGAAGGUGGAAAUAGCUUGUCCGCUGUCACCAAGGGGCAAGAACUCAAGUAUGGUGUAGGAAUUUCGGAUAUGGUGAGCAUUGACUUAUCAUUCAACGGGUUAACUGGGAUAAUUCCAGAGGAAAUUGCUUCUCUUGACGCACUGCUAAACAUAAAUGUGUCUUGGAAUCGCCUGAGCGGUAAAAUCCCAGAAAAUAUUGGGGCCAUACAGUCACUUGAGUCACUCGACCUCUCAAAGAACAUGCUCUCUGGCGAGAUCCCUUCAAGCUUGUCAAAGAUAACAUACUUAAGCUUCUUGAACCUAUCUGAAAACAAUCUUACAGGAAGAAUACCACCAGGCUCACAGCUUGACACCCUGUACCAGGAGCACCCAUCUAUAUACGAUGGCAACAGUGGGCUUUGCGGACCUCCUCUUCAGAAGAAUUGCUCGACAAAUGGUACAUCAACGCAAGAUGAUCAGAACAGAACUGGCCAUGGUUUUGAGCCAAUGUCUUUUAGAUUUGGGCUUGUUCUGGGUCUGAUUCUGGGCCUUUGGUUGGCGCUCUUCACCCUUCUAUUCAUGAAAGCAUGGAGGAUUGCUUAUUUCCGCCUCUUUGACAAGCUGUAUGAUCAGAUAUAUGUGUUUGUCGUUGUUAAAUGGAAAAGAUUUUCCAGAGCAAGAACAACAGAUUAGGCAUCGCAAAGUAGCCGACGUUACAGAUCUUAAUAAAGAGCUUUGAAGACCAGUGCGGCAUACAUAUAAUUCUGAUGAUCACAUGAUGUCUAUUAUGUGUGUACAACAAUAAUCCUGGUGUAUUCACUGGAAUAUGUCUGUAGUACUUGGCAAUCAUCAUUUGAACCCCAUAUUUUGUGUUCUGUGAGUCAUAUAUGUACUACACUUCAAUAUAUUUUCUAGAGAAGAAAAGACGGGAAUAUGCAU